AGAAUAUUGCAACGGACCAAAUAAAAUAAUAAAAGAGUGUAAAGUGAUUUGGGGCAGGACAAGCCAACUUAGACAACCUGAACACACAUGACUGCGCACAGACCCAUCGCCAACGGUAUAACACACGGGCAGAUGAUGUAAAUAAGGGAGGUCUUUUACUGUCUAUGGGUCGGACCUUGCACAUAGUUACUUCACUACGUAUCCACGCUUGCGACGUAACAUUGAUAAUCACUGAUCUUGCGCAUUGAGUUUUUUACGUCUGGACGUUCCUUAUUCAAGGAACAGGAUUGGGCACCAGAACGCGAGAGAUUUGAGUCAAGAAUAAGAAGAUGCUGCUGCAGGUGGGAGGAAAGCGCUUCGCCCUGGGCCUGUUGGCCAUCAGGAGGGUGUGGAGUAUGACCCGCUCCGCCCAUACCGCACCCCACACUCUGGAAUACAAACCCAUCAAAAAGGUCAUGGUGGCCAACCGAGGAGAGAUUGCCAUCCGGGUGUUCAGGGCCUGCACAGAGCUGGGGAUCCGCACCGUGGCCGUCUACUCUGAGCAGGACACGGGCCAGAUGCACAGACAAAAGGCAGAUGAAGCUUACCUCAUUGGGAAGGGGCUGCCACCUGUAGCAGCCUACCUGCAUAUACCAGACAUCAUCAAAGUGGCCAAGGAGAAUGACGUGGAUGCCAUCCACCCAGGUUACGGCUUCCUGUCAGAACGAGCAGAUUUCGCUCAGGCGUGCGUGGAUGCUGGGGUCCGUUUUAUCGGCCCCACCCCAGACGUGGUGCGCAAGAUGGGGGACAAAGUUGAGGCCCGUUCCAUUGCCAUCAGUGCAGGUGUGCCGGUGGUACCUGGAACAGACGCUCCCAUCUCAUCUUUGCAGGAAGCUCAGGAGUUUUCCAACACUUAUGGAUUCCCGAUUAUCUUCAAGGCUGCCUAUGGAGGCGGAGGACGUGGAAUGAGAGUGGUCAGGGAGUAUGAGGAACUAGAGGAGAACUAUCAGCGUGCGUACUCCGAGGCCCUGGCAGCCUUCGGCAAUGGAGCUCUGUUUGUGGAAAAGUUCAUUGAGAAACCCAGACACAUCGAGGUGCAGAUCUUGGGCGAUAAAUACGGCAAUGUCAUUCACCUGUACGAGAGGGACUGCUCGAUCCAGAGGAGACACCAGAAGGUGGUGGAGAUCGCCCCGGCCACACAGCUGGACCAACACCUCAGAGACCGACUCACUGCUGACUCCGUCAACCUCGCUCGACAGGUACAAGUGAAAACAUCUGACAGAUGGUAGCACUGGCUUUUUUCC